UGCGGGCAGUGGCGUGGGCGCGAAUGGACCUGAGCACGCGCGCGCGUUUGACCGUCGUGGGGCGAGGGCCGCAUAAGCCGGCGCCCGCCAGAGCGGCCAAGAGCGUGCUCUCCAUACGCAGCCUCGUCGAAGACAACGCGCCCGGUUCAGAGAGCAGACAGUACGACAGUACCGUGCUUAGCGACGGGAGUGACAACGGGACGUUCUACGAUGGAGAAUCCCCACCCGUACACGAGGGCCGUGCGCCCCCUGGACGAGUAGACGCGGACGCCGACACGGAGCCGAUGGGCGUGCUGGCAGAGGACAGCAGCCCGGCGCGCGCUGACCCGGACGGGCAGUCCGCGGCGCACCGCCAGCCGGAGGCGGCGGCGGGGGCGGCAGCGGGGGCGGAAUCCGCGGGCGAGCGCGCCGCCGCACAGCCCGAGUCGCCGCCCCCGCAGCCCCGGACGCCCACCGCUACGACGCCGGCCUCAGAGAGCCCUGCCCCGGCCGUCGACCACGACGGGGGCGGUAGCGGAGGCGGCGGCGGGGGCGGAGGCUGCAGCGACGUGGAGAUGGACGAGCUGGCGCCCAAGCGCAAGCAGCGCCGCUACCGCACCACCUUCACGUCGUUCCAGCUGGAGGAGCUGGAGAAGGCGUUCUCCAGGACACACUACCCCGACGUCUUCACGAGGGAGGAGCUAGCGAUGAAAAUUGGGUUGACGGAAGCACGCAUCCAGGUGUGGUUCCAGAACCGGCGCGCCAAGUGGCGCAAGCAGGAGAAGGUGGGCCCGCAGGCGCACCCCUACUCGCCGCUGCAGGCGUACGGCGCGCCGCCGCCCGCCGCCGUCGUGGCGCCGACGCUGCCCAACCCGUUCGCGCACCUCGGCUUCGGGCUGCGCAAGCCGGCCUUCGACUCGGCGGGCGCCUUCCGCUACCAGCUGGCCGCCUACCUGCCGCCCCCGCACUUCCGGCCGGCGCCGCCCCCGCCGCCCCACGGCCCGCCCCCGCUGCUAGCGCCCGCGGGGCUCGGCCCACUCGGCUACCACCACGCCGCUGCAGGUUCCUUCCAGACACUGCUGGCAAACAUCUCAGCUGCACAACACCAGCAGCAGCAACAACAGCAGCGGCACAGCCCCAAAGACGAGUACCAGCAGGCGGUGCCUAACCCACCCCCGCCUCUGCCCCCGCAGCAGCAGGAGCAGGCGGCCACGGCGACGGCGCUCCUGGCCGCUGCCAUCGUACCACCCCCGCCGCACCCUCCAGGCCCGCCUACCAGCCCGGGGGCGGCGGUGGCGGCGGCAGCGGCGGCGGCGGCCGCAGCGGCGGCGGCUGCCGCCCCCGAGAUCGACCGUCGCAGCUCCAGCAUCGCGGCGCUGCGCCUCAAGGCGCGCGAGCACGAGCUGCGGCUGGAGAUGCUUCGCAAGAACGGAGACCUCAUCAGCUGAGCUCCACUCCUCGUGGAAUAGCCAUCGAGUGUUUCAGAGUUGCCGAACGUGCUAGUUGUGUCUGGAGAUGUUGCGAAAAAAUGGAGACCUGACCAGCUCACGAGAGAUCCCUAUCCAGGGAGUGUUUCACUGCUGCCAGUCGCCCUUAGUGUGUCGAGAUGCUGUGAAAGAAUGGUAGAUCUCAUUAGCUGAGCCCCAUUCCACAGGGAAUCCCCGUCCAGUGAGUACUUCAGUGCUGUUAAACGUAUUACAUGUGUCUCCAAGUGCUGGAGGAGAAGGGAGACACCAGCCGAGUGCCUGCCCAGGGAGAAUCCCCAUCUAGCCAGUGGCUCAGUGCCACCGUCCAUCCUGACGUCUUGAGACGCUAGGAGAAAACGGAGACCUCAUCAGGUGAUCGUCAAACGACAAAGCCUCCCCAUCCAGCGAGUGCUUCAAUAUUGCCGAAUGUGCUGACUGUAUCUCAAGAUGCUGCGCUGUAACGCAGAACGUCAUCGGCUGAGCGUCAAGAUUCUUUCAUUGUAGCUGAAAGUUUCAUUGUUUGUCCAAAUGCUUUUCAAAAAUGCGUUGUUCUGAACCGACAGGUGGAUAAUCGUCAUCUAAGAAACAAUCCACUCCACCUCAGCUCAGUUUAGAUAAACUACAUAACGACAGAGCUACAUUUGCAUACAUUGCGGAAUGACAACAUUGACAGCUGCUCUCUGGAACAUCAGGAAUCCUCGUUAAGCGAUACAUCCAGUCUCUCUGGAAGAAGGAGCAGUGUCUCAGGAUACUACACAAAAUGGAGACCUCACCUGCUGAACGCUGGCAGACGGAGAAUCCCCGCUCAAUGAUAGCCUCAUUAUCGCUGAAAGACUAAAAAUAUUCGUAUUACCUCUUGGGAUAACAUUAUCUUCUGUGCACACUCCAGACUUAGACAUCGAAGAAAAGUGUUUACCAUUGACAUUCGUGUAGGACUGCAUAAUUAUGCGAAACGUGGCUGGCACCAAGUUCCUUCCUUUGACUUUUCGAAAGUAAACACAACAGUGAUUAUGUAUUAUUAUAACUGGGCUCUGCUCCCAUAGGUCUACACCUCGCUCGAGACGUCAUAUUUGUUUCUGUAAUGAUGUUCUCAGAGGUUUGGCGAACGUUACGCAUUACAUGUUAGCACUGCAAGUAUUACAGUAAUGAUAUGCUCAGUACACUCCCUGCAACACUAGUUGUCAAUAACACGCGCGACAGAACGUGAAUAUUUUUGCGAAAGGCAAAGAAAUUGUUCGCAGUCGCUGGUUGGAGGCUGAUGUCAAAGCGAUGUUGGGGGGAGGUGGAGUGAAUCAGUAAAUACUAUAACUAUGAGCCUCAUUAGCAGUCUUCAGUUAUUCGUUGUUACAUCUUAAUCAAGAAGGGGCUUCUGACAGCUUUCAUGGUUCAUUAAGCUCCUCAAGAUGUACUAUCUUUCUAUAAACGAAGUGACAUCGCUGAAAUUGUUAGAUCCGAAACAAAAACUACUGAUUUUGUCACAUAAUGGGCCAAAAUUGACGUUAAUGUGGCGUUAAACAUGCAGUGCGUAACACAAUUGAUCCCAGUGAGCCGGUAAUGAUGUACUUAUACAACAAAAGUCUUAUAAAUAUGCAAGCUACAGAACUGAAAUAAAUAUCUGCUCCACUAAGCACCACUCACAAAAGUCGUUAAAUAUGGGAGAUUCCGUUUUCACUGAUUAAAUAAGCACUAUAAAAUGUCUAGGGACUUUGGGUUUUACGGUAUUGUGUCCGUAACUGUAAUAAGUGCCACUGAAGGACAAUCUCUUUAGUUUCUUCAUUAUAAAACAUUUACUCUUAUGUGGAUACGUAUUUAAUUGUGAGUGAAAUAGUUUAGAAAACGCACUUUUAAAAAGAACUGUCGGUUUUCGCCUAUGAAUCAAUGUGUUGCAAUAUGUCUACCAUUAGAUAGAAAUCUUUAAAAUAGCAGUACCUGGUAAUUUUUCACAGAAUUGACAUCAAGUCUGCUAUCGAAUCGCAUCGUAUGCGCACAUUUAUUUGCUGUCCGAUGUCACAGAGAUUUCGGUAAUCAAAAGAAUGUCAGUCUAUAAAUUUCUUACGAGGUAACGUCGUAGGAACGAGAGGAAGACACGGAAGAUUUAUUUUAAAAAAAUUAUUAGUUAUGGAUAAAUAUUUUAUUCUGAAAAAAAGAUAGUGAUAUCAACAUUACAAUUUUUUAUUAAACAUUGCAGCUCAUUACGGAAGAAAACUCCCGUCCACCAAAAAGCUUUAAGAUGUACGUACUCCCUGACAUAUCCACUUGAGAACAGUAUGAAAACCGGCAUUUUCAAAGUACACUUAUUUUUUCCAUGAUAAUAAGCAGGACUGCUUUAUAUUCAAGGAUUUUGAUUACAAAGGUGUUAACCGAAAUAUUCUGAAUACUUCUUCCUCUCUCCAUGUUCUUCACACGAAAGUAAAAUGUGAUAUAGAGAGUUUUGCUUGUAAAUAUUGUAAGUAACUGCUUCAAAAUAUUGCAGCGAGAUACCUAUUUCAUUAUUAAUAACCGAACCUGUUUUCUGUUAAAAUAUUGUCAAUUUU